AUGAAUACUAUACCAAUAGUGCUUAUUAUUGUAUUAACUAUUCUUUUCUUUCUUAUAAUACUAACUAUUAUCCUACUCUUCUAUAGUUUUCUCUAUUUCUCUCUAAUUCUCUCUAUUUCUCUCUAUUUCUCUAUUUCUUAUGGCUCACUCUCGGCAAGAUCUGACCCAGCCUACUCCAUUGUCUGUCUGCUGGCUGCGGUCAAUGCGGUUUUUAGAGGUCGUGCGCAGUGCGGAAAAGGAUGUUCGGCCCGCGAUAUUCGACAUCCUCUUUUACUAUGGAUGUAUGGAUGUUUCAUAUUCAUUACGAUAAAUUAA